CUCCGCUACGGUCACUACUACUCUACGGUGGAGUCACCCACCAGCCAGAGGAUCCUGGCCAGCCUGCUGCAGCCGGAGCCGCUGGUCCUGGAUCCACUGGGGACGUCGCGCCAGGCCAGCAGCCGCAGAUGGGCCCUUGGAGGUGGCUCUAAGCCCUUCAAGCUUUCCACCGCUGAGCUGAAGGAGCCCAAGCCCAGCAGGAAGCCGCCGAGCACGUGCCUCUACUCAGUGAUGAGCAGAGCGAAAGCAGACCCCAAGUUCGGGGAGAUCUUCCGCUUUGACACCCCGGUGCUGAUGUGGGACCAGCACUUCACCCCGGAGACCUGGGACAGGCUGAAGACACGACAUGUCCCCUAUGGCUGGCAGGGCUUGUCCCACACAGUGGUGGGCAGCACCCUGCGGCUCCUCAAUACCUCGGCCAACAGGCGCCUCUUUGACAGGGACAGGGUGCCUGGGGGCUGCGUGCGCUGUGCCGUGGUGGGCAACGGUGGCAUCCUCAACGGCUCACGGCAGGGCACGGCCAUUGAUGCGCACGACCUGGUCUUCAGGCUCAACGGUGCCAUCAUCAAAGGCUUCGAGGAGGAUGUUGGCACCAAGAUCUCUUUCUACGGCUUCACAGUGAACACCAUGAAGAACUCCCUCAUCGCCUAUGAGGAGUAUGGCUUCACCCAGAUACCCCAGGGCAAGGACCUGAGGUACAUCUUCAUCCCCUCGGACGCCCGUGACUACAUCAUGCUGAAGUCAGCCAUCCAGGACAGCCCAGUCCCUGAGGGCUCAGACAAAGGGGAUGAGCCACGCAAGUAUUUUGGACCAGAGGCAUUUGCUGAGAAGUUCAAGCUGCUGCAUCCAGAUUUCUUACAGUACCUGACAACCAGGUUACUGCGGUCGGAGCUGCUGGACACGCGGUAUGGAUCACUCUAUAUGCCUAGCACUGGUGCCCUCAUGCUCCUCACUGCACUCCACACCUGCGACCAGGUCAGUGCCUACGGGUUCAUCACCACCAACUACGAGCAGUUCUCAGACCACUACUACGAGGUGGAGAAGAAGCCGCUGGUGUUUUAUGCCAACCAUGACAUGAUGCUGGAAGCAGCGCUGUGGAGGAGUCUGCACCGAGCAGGGAUCAUGACCCUGUACCAGCGGUGA